CGACCACGGAGCGACCUGCGCGACCCCCGGUCCCCCCGUCUGCAGCAGCCCAACCCGGCCACCGGCAGCAAGCUCAGCCCUUUGUUGUAGUCGGAGCUCCCCCGUUGUCUCCCCUCGGCUUUUAUUCAACCGUGCUGCGUGUAGAGUCCUCACCAUGGCGGCGAGCGCGAAGAGAAAACAGGAGGAGAAACACCUGAAGAUGCUGCGAGAGAUGACGAGUUUGCCCCACAACAGAAAGUGCUUCGACUGCGACCAGCGCGGCCCGACCUACGCCAACAUGACCGUGGGCUCCUUCGUGUGCACCUCCUGCUCCGGCAUCCUACGAGGACUGAAUCCACCCCACAGAGUCAAGUCCAUCUCCAUGACAACCUUCACGCAACAGGAAAUCGAGUUCCUACAGAAACAUGGGAAUGAGGUAUGUAAACAGAUCUGGCUCGGCCUUUUUGAUGACAGAAUCUCCUCAGUACCAGACUUCAGAGAACCACCGAAAGUCAAGGAGUUCCUUCAAGACAAAUACGAGAAGAAGCGAUGGUACGUAUCUGCUGACCAAGCCAAAGUAGUGGCAUCAGUCCAUGCUUCCAUCUCUGGCUCGUCGAACAGCAGCACCAGCAGCACCCCAGAGGUUAGACCACUCAAGUCCCUGCUUGGGGAGUCUGCCGCCUCCCUACACCUCAACAAGAACACCCCACCAAAUCAGUCUCCAGUGGUGAGCCGUGGACAAAUCCAUCAGCAGCAGUUCCAUGACAAGAAGUUUGACCUCCUCAGUGACUUGGGUGGAGACAUCUUCGCUGCCCCGCCUAAUAUGAACGCAGGCGCCAGCUCCAGUUUUGCUAACUUUGCACAUUUCAACAGCCACACAAAAGCACAAAAUGCCAACGCAAAUGCCGACUUUGCAAAUUUUGACGCAUUUGGGAGCACUUCUGCGACAUCAGGUGGUUUCCCCUCCGCACCCCAAGCCCCAUUCCAACCCUCAAAUACAGGUAGUGCCUCAGGGGGACUAGCAAAUGCCAAUUUUGCUAAAUUUGACAGCUUCCACAAUUCGUGUAGUGCUGACUUUGGAGCCUUCAGUUCCUCUUCCCAGAGUAACUCACCAGGAGCUGGCAAAGAUGCUGUACAGAGUACUAGCGUCCCUGCUGAUAGAUACGCAGUCCUGGCUGACCUGGAUAACGUGUUUAGCUCUGCCAAAACAGAGCAAGGGGGUAUUCCGGUAGUGGCAAGCUCAGCCACAGCAGCUGGAGUGGCUGGUUUUCCUCAGAAGCAGCCAGCGGUGCCAACAGGGGGGGAUCGCUAUGCUGCUCUCGCUGAGCUUGAUACAGUCUUCGGUUCCCCAGCCCCUACCACCAGUGUUUACAACACCACCACUGCACAUGGGAGUGUGUUUGGCUCAGAGACUGGGGUGUCAACAGCACAAGCACAGCAGGCUCUGCCUGGCAUGGCUCACGGUUUCGGUGCACCUCCGUCAACUAAUCCGUUCGUGGCUCCUGGAGUGGCCCCCGCGGCACCUCCCACCAAUCCGUUCCAGAGCAACGGCAGAGUGGCUCAUGUGGCAGCAGCAGCAGGCUUGAUGAGGGUUCUUCAUGGGCAGGGCUACCCCCCCACCUUUGCAUCAUUCGGCACAGGUUCCAUGAGUAUGCCUUCUGGAUUUGGGAAUAAUGCUGGCUUCAACCUUCCCACCAGCUUUAGUGGAACUUUCCAACAACAAUUUCCUGGGCAGGCUCCCUUCCCUCAGCCUCCUGCAUAUCCCCAACAACCCAACGGUGGAGGAUAUCCAGCCUUUGGCCAGGCCAAGCCUGUUGUGACUCCUUUCGGCCAGGCAAUGGCUGGGCCUAUGCUCUCAAGCAACCCUUUCCUGGGUGCGGCUCCACCUGCACAGUAUCCGACAGGAGGCUCCUCUACAAAUCCCUUCUUAUAGCGGUCCAUUCAAUCAGCUGCACUACAGGGUCAACAACUGGCGCGCUUGCACCUAUUGCACUGUUUUGUUUCACAAGUAGCUUUAAAAACACAAUGUUUGUAAGGAUUUGUAUUUUCUAUCGCAGUUUGUCCCUGAUGGAAUGAAACGACAGACAGUAGUGC